AGCCGGGAUUUCUGAAUAAAACUCAAUUAAACACCGCUUCUGAUCAGAGUGACAGAAGACUGAAGGAGUGUGUGUUUCUGAUCUGAGUGCGAGUUUUCAUAAUGAACUCAUCAAUAGGAUAAUAGGAGUGUGUGUGUUUGUGCUGAAACUGACCGUACAGGUUUGCGCUGUGAUGUGAUCAAAGUCCUCAUUGGCUCUGACACAUAACAGGGUGUGACACAGAGUGAGAUUUUCACACACACACACACACACACACACAGUCCAGCGGUGACACACACACAGAACACUGCUGUCCGGAUUCACGUCUAUAACACAACAUGAGCACACAGACCAAAUCCGACAGCGGCAAGAAGAGAAGUGUUCUGAAAGACAGCAGCUGGAUCAAAAGAAACCCAGAGGAGGACGAGCCUGUCGAUUAUGAUCCUAACCCCGGUAAAGUCGUUCUGAAUCAGCGGAAAUCAGGGGAUGAUGUUGUCAGUAAACCGCUGGAGGCCGAUCAAACCUCAGAGAACUCUGGGACGUCCGUCAGCUCCUUAAGCAAGAGAUUCGGUGGCAGUCAGGAGCUGCUCAACAAAAGCAGCAGCAGCAGCGUGAACACUAAGAGCGGAGCCGUCUCCAUCUCAUCGCCCUUCAAACCUCCGCUCCCUGUCAAGAAUCCGGCGCUCAAGUCUCCCAGCAGCUCCAGCUUCACAGCGAGGGUGUUCUCCGGAGCAAACACCAGCAGCAAACCGUCGAGUCCUGUUAAACGAACGUUUGGUGAGAAGCUUCCAGAGGUCACAGCAUCUCAAAACACUAACGGAAUCUAUAAGACCAGCAGCGGAGCGGCUCCAUCGACUCCUCGGUCGUCUGUGACCGUCUCACAGUCACCAGCUCCUUCAGCCACGUCCACCAGCGUGAAGAGUCCAGUGAUCCAGCCCGCCGUGAAGAGUCCAGUGAUCCAGCCCGCCGUGAAGAGUCCAGUGAUCCAGCCCGCCGUGAAGAGUCCAGUGAUCCAGCCCGCCGUGAAGAGUCCAGUGAUUCAGCCCGCCGUGAAGAGUCCAGUGAUUCAGCCCGCCGUGAAGAGUCCAGUGAUUCAGCCCGCCGUGAAGAGUCCAGUGAUCCAGCCCGCCGUGAAGAGUCCAGUGAUUCAGCCCGCCGUGAAGAGUCCAGUGAUUCAGCCCGCCGUGAAGAGUCCAGUGAUCCAGCCCGCCGUGAAGAGCCCAAGCAGGAAUGAAAGCGUGUCCGUCUCUACGCUGGUGUCCACGUCCUCAACACCGUCGGCUCAAACCAUCAUCACAAACACCAAAACAUCCUCCUCGAUGCUGGAAGAGACUCCAAAACCUGCAGAGAAACCCUCCUGGACCUGAAGCUCAGUGACUUCAGUUAUUCUUCAACUCGCUCUCCAUCGUCUCCAUCGUCUGUGACUCAGAGCACACGCUACAGCUAUCAGACUCCCAGUGCUCCUCUGGAUGAUCUUGCUGACACUUUAUUGCCGACCCGGUCUGGAAGCGU